AUGAUUUUGUUGCUGACAACACUGAUCAUCGGAGUGCCGCUCUGGUACUUCACGACCUCGGUGGAAAGAGCGACGUUGCCCAUCGAUGCAAUCACGGCGCUCAACGAGCAGUAUUUGAACAACAUCAAGUACGAGAUUCCGGUUCGACUCGUGGAGAUACCGGAUCCGUUGAGUGGAUUCAUUGACGAAACACAGGACUUAUUAAACGAAAAAUUGACCAAUUCCAAUGUUCGAGUGAAACUAUUCAAGAACGACUACCUAGGUCCAGAUGUGGACGAGAAGCAGGUCUACGACCUGAAGAUGAUCAUGAGCGAGAACGAAGACAAGCUCCUGGUGAGUCCGUACUCUGACCGGCUGAUCAAGUUGUUUGUGUCGCCCGAUGUGAUCAAGCACGGGCUGGUGAGUGACUUGUUGUCGAGGAUUUUGAUUGAAAACGUCUUCAAGUCGGAGAUCAACGAAAACAAUAGCAGUGGGACUGGCUCUAAGACGAAGAACUUGAUCAAAUUUCCGUUCAGUACGAGCUACAAGGUGAGCAUUAACUUUCUACAUUCGGACAACAAGAUGUUGUCCCUGCCCGAUGGGGUGCUUGAGAAGGCGGUGAGCAACUUCAAGAGCUUCAUGAACUCGUUGGACUCGCUAACCAAGUUCACCGUGGAGUUUCAGGAGUUGUGGUACGAGAACCGAUUGAUCACGAAGGACGAGUACGAGAAGGACGGUUUCACGUACAUCAAGGACCCGAGCAUGUUCAUCGAUUACUCGGACUGGGGCCUCGACCAGGACGUGGAGUUGGACCCGGUCAUCAACCUGAACCUCUACCUCCCGGACAGCGAGAAGUUGCUGAUCGAAAACACGCAGCGCAACUCGUUCAUAAUACCACAGUGGGGCGGGGUGGUCAUUGUGAACGACGAUGAGACGGUCGACUACAACCGACUGAACGAGGUAUUUGACAUCUUCGCCUUCCAGAUCUUGAAGCUCAUUGGCGUGGACACAGACCCGGACCGCUCGAUCUACUACCGGAUCGACGAAUUGAUCCGCAUCCAGACGGUCGAAAACCUCAACAACAGUCUCAACAACUUCAAGAGCUUGAUCAAGUUGAUCAACCAGCUCGAGACAAUUCCCAUCCCGCUUCAAUCUGUGGACGAGAUCAACGAGUCGAUCAGAUACAUCCAGACGUCUGCGGCCGAGCUGGCGCAUCUGAACUGGCUUGCCGCCUACAAGCACUCCACGUUGGCGUUGAAGCUCUCCAACAACGCUUUUUUCCACGAGGACAUGGUGCAGCAGGCAUACUUCCCUGAAGAACACAAGAUGGCCGUCUACUCGCCGUUGUUGGGUCCAUUCGUGACCAUCGUCGUGAUGGCCCUUGUCCGGGGCCUCAAGGAGGUGAAAAGUGUGUGUAAAUAG